GUAAAGUAGUAUAUGUUCUUGAAAUAGAAAUUUCCAGUAUCAACUGAUAGCCGCUGCAAGCGAACUAGUGCGCGUACGCUAGAACAUGAUCUAUCGAUUGCAGGUCUGUCUCUUUGUCAUUUCGUAGAAUAUCCAGUCUAAAUAGCACCUCGGUCUGUUAUGCAAAGAAAGUUCUGGUUGUGUCUACAAAUAAGUGAAAAUAAGUGAAUACAAAUGAUAAUCAUGGUUGCGUCGCUGACAAUCAAUUCUUCUUUGAGUUAUUAGCUAACGAUGAGCAAAUUAGAUUCAACACAAGGCGUGGUGAAAAGUGUAAAGUGUGAGGGUGAAACUCCUGAAAAAACGAGCUCUUCUUUUUUUCAAAGACCUCUUUCUGAAGAAACUUCUAUACGGAAACCGCGCCGUUUAUUGUCGAGCAAAACAAAAAUUAAAAAUAUCAAAGUUAUCCCUUCUCGACUGUCCCCCAAUUUUCGAUUAUGGCGUCGUAAAAGGCCUUUAGUUUCUGAUUUAGAAAGUAAAAGAGGGGAUCAAAUUGUGCAUCGAAUAUGUAAUAAUGAUAUUGUCGCAGAUAAUGCUAUAAUUCAUGAAGAAUUUCCCGAAGGCAAAUUAAAUAUACCUGCAUUGAAAAAAAACAGCAUAUUCUCAAGGAAAUUCCCUUUCUAUUCCUUUCGGAGGAAAGAGGACAAAGAUAACGAUAAUGAUAUAAUAACAACGGGUACUAAGACCACCCCAGUGGACGACAGCUAUAAUAUUGAAUCCCGCAACCCCUCUAGCUGCUUGUAUCCUAAGACCAAAGAUAAAGUCCACUCAGUAAAACCCCAAACUCUUCAAAUAAUAAUUUCAGGGCGGAAAAUAGAGUGGAAAAGUCGUUCAUCAGGUGUUUUUUUCAAAAGCCGUUCUACGAAAAAGUGUGGAAGGAUCUAUUUGGCAACUUUUAAAAUUGAACACUUCUCAAAGUGAAGUAGAUAAACUUUUACAAGAGCGAUCGCCUGAUUAUUUAAACCAUCAACAUUGUACCAGCUUAAUCUACACAGUGGCUUCACCAACUUCUUCCCGUGCACUUCCUCCCGAAACUAAAGGCCCUAUUUCUAAGACCUUUCAUACGCCACGGCUGAUUAAACAAGCAUCUAGGGAGGAAUUUCCCGAAGAAGAUAAACCUCCGAUACUGCACUUGAAUACUUGCCAAGAACGAGGGACAAGAUUCAGGAGGCCUAAAUGUGAGGCUGCUCUGCCAACCCAAAAAUCUGUACGAGAUGAACAACUACUCCGGCUAGAGCAAUAUGUGAACAAAUUAUAUCCUCAAACAGUAAUGUGCAUAAGCGACCGGGAAGCAUCUUGUGGUGGCUUGGAUACAGCAGAGCGUCGAGGUUCUUCUGGUUUGCGAGAGUUGAUAGGUGAAAAUAGAGAUUUUUCACUUUGUCUUUCCGCGAAUGGUUUCGAUUCAGAUAGUGACCACAUUAGCGAUGCUGGUAGGCGUCGAAUAAAAUUUGUGGGGCAGCCAACAUUCUAUACAGACGAAGAAAGGGAAAUCUUAGACGGAAAAAGACAAGCCUUCGCAAAUUUUUCCAAGAUCAGUGAAUUAGAAUUAGAUCAAUCAAACGAGACCCAAAUGCCAGCUUUCGGUGAUUUAGUAAUGGGUUUGGAUAAUACGCCGAUAAUGACAACUAGUACAGAGAAACGAGAGCACCUCUACAAAAUUUUAGUUAUUGGCGAAUUAGGGGCUGGCAAAACAUCAUUUAUUAAGCGCUAUGUUCACCAAUUUUUCAGCGCCAACUAUAGAGCAACCAUUGGAGUGGACUUCGCACUGAAGGUUCUACAUUGGGAUCCUAAUACGAUUGUACGUCUUCAGCUAUGGGAUAUAGCAGGUCAAGAGCGAUUUGGAAAUAUGACUCGUGUUUACUAUAAAGAAGCUGUUGGAGCGUUUAUUGUUUUUGAUGUAACACGCAGUGGGACUUUUGACGCUGUUAGUAAAUGGAAGGAAGAUUUGGAUGCAAAAGUGCAAUUACCUGGAGGUGGACCAAUCCCAUGCAUAUUGCUCGCUAAUAAGUGCGAUCAGGAAAAACAGGGCAUCGUAACAAAUAUAGAGAAGAUGGACGAGUAUGUGAAGGUGAAUGGUUUCUCAGGCUGGUUCGAAACUUCAGCUAAGGAGAAUGUGAACAUAGAAGAGUCAGCAAGGGCUUUGGUAAAUCAGAUUUUGCUCAACGACAAACUCAUAACAGUGGCGGACAUUAUGGAUAACGAGAAAUUUGCAUUGGAAAGUACGAGUGGGCAACAAAUAACCACCAUGAAGAAAAAUUGUUCAUGCUGACCUCGUUGCCAAUCGUUGGGAAAUAAUUUUGUCUUCUACAGUUUUUAUAGUUACACCAAAUAAAAUUAUUUCAUUUUAGAUUAUUUAUACGUAUUUUAGAUUCAAUUCAAUGUCAUAUACGAAUAUUAUAGAUGAAGACAUACUAGAAUUAAAAGCCAAAUUGGAUGUUUUGUUA